CUCCCUCCUUGGUCCUUUUCAUAAGGCGGAGGAUAGACAAAACGGUGCACACAGCAGGCUUUCAACACAGUCUGCCAGCAAAGCCAAAGCUCUCUCAACCGUGAUUUCAUCUCCUGCAGGAUAAAGUCUUUAGUCAUUUUGCAGUUCAUCGUUUACAGUGCCAUCAAUGGGCUCAGCAGAGAGAGUUAGGCACAACAAACAUAUUUUUCUUGGCUGUUAGAAUCCAAAGAGGAAUUUUAGUAGGCGAAAGAAUCUACGGCCAGACAACCUCUAAGAGGACAAGGAGACAAUCUGAGGAAUGAUAAAUAACAUACAGUCUAAGGGAAUCAUGCGAGCUGCAGGAUAUCAAUGGAGCAACCACGUCCUGUUUACACUGGCUUUACUGCUCAUGUUGGAAGUCUGCAGGCUCCAAGGCUGUCAGAUUGGCUCGGGGUCAGAGUGUGAGAAAGCCCCCUUUGUCCCAGGCCACAACCUAGCAGGAGAGGGUUUUGAUGUGGUGCGAAUGCGUCGAACAGGAGCAUACGUAAUCAAUGUCAAAGGUCAUCUGGCUGACAACCACACCUGCACACUGUGUCCAAACCGCUUUCAAAAAGGACAGAUUCAGAGACUCCCAGCAGCAGUGAUCGACUGGCGUCCCUUCAGCCGCUGCAGCAAGCAGCUCUCUAGUGCCCUCCACCAUUCUCUGGAUUCCCUGCUGCGCAGCUCCAGCUCCCUGGUUAACAACAACUGGGGUCUGGGUUUGAGUUUAGAGAACAUUGGCAAUGCAGUGCUGGGGGGAAGCCGCUCAGACUUGGCAAAGUUUGCUCGUUCACAGCACAGUGUGGACAAGGCCACUUUUGCCAUCCACGAAAUCAGCUGCACCUACUACAGCUACAGACUCUCUGAUCAUCCCCCACUGAGUACAGAGUUCACAAAACAUCUGAAAAGACUUCCACAGAGGUUAAAUACAAGCCAGGACAGAGCCCUAUACAGACGCCUGAUAGACACUUAUGGAACGCACUACAUACACCAGGUCCAGCUUGGUGGUAAGGUGAGGCGAGUCACUGCCUUCAGGACCUGUCUGGCAACGCUGAAGGGCUUCUCCGAGUCAGACGUCAAAAACUGCCUGAAUGCUGAACUUCGAAUGGCUCUUGGUUUCCUCCCUGCGAAUGCAUCCUUCUCCAACAAGUGUGACAAUCUCCUGAAGGGUAACAUGAGCAUGGGCUUCUACCAAGGCUUCAUGACCCAUAAGAUUGAAGUAAUUGGAGGGGAGAGGUACUUCCCUGACAUCCUUUACCAGCAGGACUUGUCUGAAGCAUACAACAGCUGGAUGAAUAGCCUCCACGACAACCCUGAUGUGGUCUCCUACGCCAUCUUCCCUCUGCAUCAUCUGGUGGACGACUCACAGAUCAGUGCUAAUCUGAGAAGCACUGUCACUGAGUACAUCAAAGAGAACCAACUGAAGGAGGACCAGUUUGGUUUGAAGAACUGCUCCCCAACUCCAAAUCUGGACCACAACUGCUGUCCCUUACGGGCUGGAAGAGGAACUCUCCGACUGGCGAUUCACAGAGCUGCGGGUCUGAAGGCAGACACUUUUACAAAAACGGACGCUUACGUGAGGAUUUUCUACAAUGGCAUGUACGAGGAAACGGAAACGGUGAUGGACGACAAUAACCCUGUGUGGAACACGACCUAUGGCUUUGGAUCAGUAGAACUGGGUCAGGAGUUGAGGCUUGAAGUGUGGGAUAGAGAUGUGCUUUACAAUGAUGUAGCAGGAAGAUGUGUCGUCUUCCCCGAGCGCGGAACCCACUCUUUAAGCUGUCAGCUGAGCAGAGGAGUUCUGUACUUCACCUACACCGUUAAAUGUGAUGCCCACUUGACGGGCUUCAGGUGUGGACGAUACUCUCCUAGCGCUGAGUAGAUUAUUAGUGUGUUAAUGUGGAUUUUAGCAUAUCCUUCAUAUUAAACUUUCAAGUAACUUUUUUUUUUUUUUUAUCAUAUCAUUUUCCUCACAUUUUAACUUUAAACUUUUUGUCAACAUAAUGGGUGCCAAAGAAAUUUGUCCCCUUCUUCUCUCUUAGUUUUAUAAUGUAAAAUUCCAACCUUACAAGCAAAAAAAUGUUGUCUUCUAUGUAAAUGUCUUGUAAUAUCUCAGAAUAAAUGAAGCAAAGCCUUGUGAGUCCACUGUACAGACCAAAAUAAAGUGAUUUUGAUUUUGGACAUA